UUUUUUAAGAAGGGAAUUAUUUCCCCUUCCCCGGACAUUUCUUAACGAAUGAUAGACACACACUGUAAUGGAAUAUUUACAUUUUUUUGUAGUAUGUGCAAGAUGAGGAAAUGGGACAGAUAUCGGUUUCCUUGGAAGACAAUUUGAUAGUCGUAGACUUUGAGGAAGAGGCGGAUUAUUUCGAGAAGGCUGACCUCAAAAUCAGUACUAUAUACGAGGCUGUUACAUAUCCUUGCUGUUCUAAUGAAGCUUGCAGGAAGAAGAAACUACAAAAUAAGAGGUGUGUUAUCUGUUUGGAAGAAGUCAAAACCGGCAGUAAGGGUUGCCGUGUUGUUGUAGAUAUUGAUGACGUCAACACAUCAAAAACAACCAAAAUUACCCUCUCCAAUGCUCUUGUUAUGUUGGUGUUCGGCAUAACAGAAGAUGACCUUGCUGAUGAUGACAAAUUGGUCAGUUUACUGUGCAUCAAAUUACCAGUGACAUUCAAGGCAAAAGUUUCUGACAACAGGCUCUACGUGAUUGAUAUUGAAUAAGCCUCGAGAUCGAGUCUAUCUCUAUCUCUAAGUCGACAAGUAGUCGUGUUUCAUUUUCCGGGAUGAACACAUAUCCAAUGACAUAGAACUUUCUUUUUUUAAUGACAAUUUGAUAUCAGUAUAGUUUAUGCAUUUUUUUUAUUAAAUAUUAUGAAUGGCAUGCUGAUUAAUAUUUUAAUAUUGUUCUUUCUUAGUUCAUGUUACUUUUACAUUAUCAUGAUAUUGUUAAGGAUUGAUUGUGGUGUUUAUAUUAUUUCCUUUCAGUAUAUUACAUAAGACUUCAGUGUAUUUUAUCUUUCGGCUUUCAUGAGAAAAUGCCUCUCAACUUGAAUAUUCUGCAUAACAAAAAAAAUCUGUACUUAAUUGUCUUUUAUGCAUACAUUGUAAAAAGAGGCUGAUUAUGAUAUAUAUUAAUAGAAACACUUUGUACUUUUUAAAUAAUUGUACAAAUGAUCUAUACCUUUAGUUCUAAAGUAUUGAAAUUUGAUAUCCUAUGAAAAUUAUUACUUACAGGGCUACAUGGCCUCAGCAUUUGUAAUAAUAUGAAAAAAUGUGUUUAAUUAAGCCCACAGUGAAUCCUUGCAUUUUAGUUUUAGUUUUAUGUUUUAGCUUUUGACAUUUAGGAAACUUUAUUUUGUGCUAAACAAUACAUUUGAUUUUUUCUUGGGCUUGUUCAUAUAAAUUGGUUUUUUUUUCUUUUUUUAUUUGUAUUGGCUAUUCUUUUGUUUUGCUGAUUGACUUGUAUUUUCAUUGAAAAAAAAUCCUAGUGUCAAAGAAAUCUUAAACUUGUAACACGUAGUAAUUGUUGCAUUUUUUAAAAAUAUGUUACAAAUUAACCUUGAAUGCAAUUUUGGUUGUCCGUCCUAGUUCAUUCUUUCAUAUCAAUAUUACGCAUUGUAAUUCUUUAAUUGCAGAUAUUGUUUUUGUUGUCUUGAUGUAAAAAGCAGUUUUGUUAUUUUCUAACUAUGGAAACAAUAUUUUAACAAAACGUUUAUACAUGUGCCAAACAUUUCUUAAAACAAAAUAUUUCAGAAAUAUAUAUUUCCGGAUAUAGCAUUAAUAACACAGUUACUACUUAUAUAGCUUUUAUUAUCACACAUACCUGAAUAGUCUUUAGAAUUUUGUAGGUUUUGAUGUUUUUGUACAAUUUGUAUGAAUCAAACUGUAUCGGGGGCCCAUUGUACAUGUCCCAGAAAUAAUCAAUAUUGCAAAUGAGUGUAAUAAUUGCAUGUAUGUUAAUGUAUAUUAUAUCUUUUAUGCUGAUAUAGACUUAUCAUAAUAACCCAUUAUGAAAGAUACCAAUGACCUCUAAACAAAACUGACAUUGCCAUUCUCCUGUAGUUUUUAUGAUGAAUAUAUGCCUUAGUAGUUUACAGGUUAUAUUUGUGAUUGACUUCGGGAACA